UCAGACGUGAACAGUUUCGCUGAGGAGCACUUUACUCCCCCUCAGCCCUUUUCCCCCGCUGCUUCCCCCCUCCUUGGAAAAACAUCCAGGCGGACAGCCGAGGCGUCACUUUCUGCAUAGCGACCUGAGUGAGAGGAGUUGAGGUGUCGGAUAAUCAGGUCUCCACUCGUCCUUCACCCGGAUCUCUGUCAGCGAUGGAGACUCGGGCUGGCACCCGCCCAGGCUCUCGCGUCUCUCUGGGUCUCUGGCUGCUGAUCACCGCUCAUGCCCUCCAACACGGCAGGGCGGAGAUAAGUUGCGGAUCUUGCCCGUCGCCUGUUCAACUUCACCGGGAGGAGCUGCAGCUGGCGCCGGGGGUGCGCUCCGACCCCGCGGAGGAGGCGGUUGAGGUCAGGGAACCCCGGGUUACCGGUCGGGAAUCUGGGAUGCUUGCUACUUCUGGCCCUAAUUUUAGUUUGGAUGAAGUUAAACCAGCCGGUUCUGAGUCUGGGGUGGCUGAGGAUGCUGCGCCCUGGAGAGCCAAGAGGAGCGCUCCAGACUUUAGCGAGUUCAGCGACAGCGACUGGACCGGUCGGACCGGCCGGACCGCGCAGCUGGAUAGCCACAAAGCUGGCCGGUCGGAAUUCGGGUGGAACAGGCAGGAUGGGAGAGGGAAUACCCGGCAGGAUGAGCCAAAGCUCAACAGCAGCACCUUCGCUCUCACUGGGGACUCUGCGCACAACCACGCCGUGGUCUACUGGACCGGACAAAACAGCAGCGUCAUCCUCAUUCUUACCAAACUCUAUGACUUUCACAUCGGCAGCGUCACUGAGAGCACUCUCUGGAGAUCCACAGACUACGGAUCAACAUACGAGAGAAUGAACGACAAAAUCGGGUCCAAGGCCGUCCUCAGUUACCUUUACGUUUGCCCAACCAAUAAAAGGAAGAUUAUGGUCCUGACUGAUCCGGAGUUUGAGAGCAGCGUGCUCAUCAGCACUGAUGAGGGAGCCAGUUUCCAGAAGUACCGCCUCUCCUUCUUCGUCCUGAGCCUUUUAUUCCACCCCACAGAGGAGGACUGGGCCUUGGCCUACAGCCACGACCAGAAGUUGUACAGCUCAGUCGACUUUGGAAGGAAGUGGAUGCUCAUCCACGAACACGUCACCCCGAACAGAUUCUACUGGUCUGUUUCUGGACUGGACAAAGAACCAGACCUGGUCCACAUGGAGGCUCACACUCCCGAUGGAAAUGUGCAGUAUGUCACAUGCAGAGCUCAGAUGUGCUCCGAUGCCAACCGGAAUCAUCCAUUCCCUGGAUACAUUGACAUCAGCUCUCUGGUGGUUCAAGAUGACUACAUUUUCAUACAGGUUCCCACAUCCGGACGAGCGACUUAUUACGUCUCCUACAAGAGAGAAGCUUUCAUCCAAAUCAAACUGCCAAAAUACUCCCUGCCUAAGGAUUUACACAUCGUCAGCACUGACGGGAAGCAGGUCUUUGCAGCAGUGCAGGAGUGGAACCAAAACGACACCUACAAUCUCUACCUGUCUGACACCAGAGGGAUCUUCUUCACCUUGGCCAUGGAAAAUGUCAAGACGACCAGGGGCAUCGCUGGGAACCAGAUGUUGGACCUCUAUGAGGUGGCUGGAAUCAAAGGAAUGCUGAUCGCAAACAAGAAGCAGGACAACCAGGUGAAGACCUACAUCACCUACAACAAAGGCCGGGACUGGAGGCUCCUUCAGGCGCCGACUGCAGACCUGGAUGGAAACAACAUCCACUGCAUCCUGCCAUCUUGUUCCCUACAUCUGCAACUACAAAUGUCAGAGAACCCUUACGUGUCAGGAACGAUCUCCACCAAGAGCUCUGCUCCGGGGAUCAUCGUUGCCACAGGAAAUAUUGGAGCAGAGCUGUCUUAUAACAACGUUGGCAUGUUCGUAUCAUCGGAUGCAGGCAACAACUGGAGACCGAUUUUUGAAGAGGAGCAUAAUAUCUGGUUUCUGGAUAAAGGAGGCGCCCUCGUUGCGGUGAAGCAGCCAUCUGUGCCAACUAAACAUCUCUGGGUCAGCUUUGAUGAAGGGAGGCAGUGGACCCAGCACAGCUUCUCCUCGGCGCUGCUGUUUGUGGACGGAGUGUUGGUGGAGGCCGGCAUGGAGAACCAGAUCAUGACCUUCUUUGGACAUUUCAGCCACCGCUCUGAGUGGCAGCUCAUCAAGAUAGACUACAAAUCCAUCUUCAGCAGGAAGUGCACCGAGGAAGACUACCAAACCUGGCACCUGCACAACAAGGGCGAGCCGUGUGUAAUGGGUCAGAAGCAGAUUUACAUGAAACGCCGGCCUGGAAACUACUGCAUGCUGGGAAGGGACUACUCCAGAAUCCUCUCAGCUGAAUCCUGUAUUUGCCGAGCUCAUGAUUUUGAAUGCGAUUAUGGAUACGAGCGGCGGAACGACGGGAACUGCCGGCCGGCCUUCUGGUUCAAUCCGUCGUCUGUGUCCAGAAGCUGCAGCCAGGGUCAGAACUACUUCAACAGUACAGGGUACCGUAAAGUGGUGCUGAACAACUGCACCAAGGGCGUCAAGGAGAUGUACACGGCCAGGAAGCAGCAGUGCCCCAACAGGCCCCCGAAAGGACUCAGCCUGGCCACCAAAGACGGGAAAGUCACCGCCAACAUGGGCAGCAACGUCACCUUUGUGGUGCACCUGGACGAGGGAGACUCUUUGAGGACGAACAUCCAGCUGGACUUUGGCGAUGGCACAGCGGUCUCCUACUCCAACCUGAGCUGGACGGAGGAGGGCAUCAAACACGUCUACAAGUCAGCGGGAAUAUUCCGAGUCACGGCGCUGGCAGAGAACACGCUGGGCUCCGACACCACCACGUUGUACCUGCAUGUCACAUGUCCGGUGGAGCACGUCCAGCUGCUUGUUCCCUUCGUGGUGAUCAGAAACAAGGAGGUGAACAUCACAGCGGUGGUCCUGCCCAGUCAAUCACGCACCGUCACCUACUUCUGGUGGCUUGGCAACAACUCAGAGCCGGUGAUAACUCUGGAUGGAAGUAUCUCAUACACCUUCAGGAGUGAGGGAAUGCACAGCAUCACGGUUCAAGUGGCGGCAGCUAACGCCAUCCUGCAGGACACCAAGAGCAUCGCGGUCAAAGAAUUCUUCAAAUCUCUGCUUUUAUCUUUCUCCCCGAACUUGGACGACUUCAACCCCGACAUACCCGAGUGGAGGCAGGAUGUGGGGAGAGUAAUUAAGAAGGCUCUGCUACAAGUGUCGGACUUCCCAGAGGAUCAGCUCUUGGUCGCCGUUUUUCCAGGAGUUCCAACAGCUGCAGAACUGUUUCUGUUACCCAACAAGAACCAAUCUGAGGGGAAGAAAAAGAGUGAGGAAGAGCUAGAGAAGGCGUCCAGCAUCAUCGUGAGCGCACUGAACCAAAACCUUGUGGAGUUUGAGCUGAAGCCUGGCGUCAGAGUCAUCGUCUACAACACACAGUUAACGCUGGCUCCGUCCCUGUCUGUGUCCGCAGCGCCGCUGGUGGACUCCAGUCCCAGACACAGCAGCUCUGCGAUGCUCAUGCUCCUCUCUGUGGUGUUCCUGGGCCUCGCCGUCUUCCUCAUCUACAAGUUUAAGAGAAAAAUACCUUGGAUCAACAUAUACGCUGAGGUGAACCAGGAGAAGGAGCAGGAGAUGAUCGGCUCGGUCGGUCAGGGCGACAGCACGCCGAAAAUCACUCUGAGCGAGUUCACAGCAUCCAAAGAGCUGAUGGAGAAGGAACUGGAUGCCCGGGUCAAGAGAGGAGUCGGGAACGCCUGCGAGAGCACAAGGGAGAUUCCAAACUGUACCAGCGUGUAAAAGCUGAAGUUUGUGUACAGAGCGAGUGUCACAGUGUCCGGCGUUCUUCUCUAUUUCUGUUUUGUAAUUCUAAACACAACUGAUGUUAAUAGUUUUUCUAAAAGGCCUCAUUUAUACAGACUUGCAUGGAUGUCUCGUUGGGCAACAUCCAAUCCAGCGAUGGGAUUUCUGCAACGACGACGAGACUUUUGGGUUUCCGUGGAUGUAAACGCUCCAUUCAUUUGCUGAGGGAAUUAUCUUUUGUGGAUGAGUUCUGUACGUUUCCUGAGAUGUUUGCUUUGAAAAUCAUUUCUGCCUAAAUGUAGACUAUAUUGUCAGUCUUCAAUCAAACAGGGAAUAUUACUGAAAUGUAAAGUAUUAUCUUUUAUUCUGUUACAUGUAAAUAUCCUUUCUACAUCCUCGUAGUCUCAUGGCGACGGCGUAAGGCCUGACGGCGGUCUGUUUCUGAAGGUGUGUUUAAAAUGUCAGACGUCGCUUCGGAGAAACAUUUUGAUUUGCUGACGUCCUUGACUUGUGCAUGUUCCUACUGAGGACACGGUUUCUGUGUUGUAGAUAAGCAAGUGUUGUAAAUAGUUCUUUUCUAAACAUUCGUCAAAGCCCGGUCGGUUCUGGCCAGGUUCUGUUCUGCUUUCAUCCUCUUUGGUUGCUGUUGAAACGGGUCGAUCUGCUAAUGUUCAGCUGCCGUUAACAGAUUCACUCUGCAAACAAAACGAGACGGAUCAACACAAGGAGGAUUGUGUAUAAUAUAUUUAUAUUUUCAGUAGAAAUAUACUCGAGAUAACCAGACAUUUUAACUAGAUGAGUGUCUUUUACCAAACAUUAAUAGCUACUGGCUUCAUUGCGUUACAUUUUGCCUCUGAUUGUCCAGAUUUGUGGCGACCAGGUCUGCAGUUCACAGUAUUUUAGAGCAACUUUGGAAGAAAUGGUGACGCUUUCAUAAUGUACAGAAAAUAUUUUGUUCUAACUCAAAAAAUCAUGAUUGAAGAAAGUCCUGACCCAGACUAUCCAACGUUUCUGCUGUGCCAGUUUAACAAAUGGACAAUAACAAUAUAUUUUUAUGAUCUGGAUGAGAGGAAAAACUGAGGAUGGCAAAUCAGCAAUGAAGACAAAAUGUUGAGAUUAAAGUUUCUAUGUAAAGAUUAAAGUGCAUCUAAUGUGGUGCAGAUCAAGUCAUUUUAUUUCCUGGUUGAAGAGGGUGUACUUUCUUUUUGCCUUAGCUAAACUCCACCAGGUUUCUUACCAAGAAAUAGUCUGACAGUUCUAUUACAUUAGCAACUGGACCCUGAUAAUAUCAUUUUAAAUAAGGCAGAGUUGCACUGUGACUGUAAUGACAGAAAGCUGGAAGCUAAGCCAAAGAUCCCAGCAUGCACUGCUUCCACACAGGCUCACGCAAACAUGUAGAGAAGAAGAGAGUACUCAGCAGCAGAGAUAUAUAGACUGUCGCACAAAUGCAUUAAGCAAACAGGACUGAUGCUUGUUACUGCAUACAGAACACACUGAACAAAGAUUAUGUCCAGCUUUAUUGUUUUCACAUCGUGUCAGAGCUGAGGCUCGUUUGGAUACUUUUUUAUUGCAGCUUUCAUCUGAUCCGACUUCUUUCAUCAAAAUGAGAUCAGGAGAAAAAAAACACAGAAGGAAACUUUGGAAAACAGGAAGUAAAAUUAGUGUUGAUGGUGGUGAAAAAAUACUGCAGCCACAAGAGCAAAAACUCAUGGGAUGUUUUCAGAUGCUAAUGUGUUGAACUGAAGUUAUGGCUGUUUAAACACAGAGUUGUCCAGUCUGUGUUUGGCUGAUGGGUGUGGCCAUGAGCAGGAGACGCCUGUUACAAGCAGUGGCAUCUGUUCAAUGUUGUUGUUUAAGUUGCGCAGCAUUAAAUAAACCUGCAGUCUUAUUGUUGAGCAGAGCAGGAAACUCUGGAUGUGCAGUGAAACCUGGAACCUUGGAAUCUUGGAAAAGUUUGUAACUUUUCAUGUUGGUGUCAGAUGAAGUUGGAGCGGUCAGAGAAUUUGAACAUUACUGACCUGAUCAUUUUUCAUUUGGGAGCAGGAGUAACAGUCCCAUCAGUAAUCCUUCUUACCUGUUUAUUUUCUCUCCAGGCCAGUAAAUUUGUCAAAGGUUUUUGGAUAAAAACUUUAUUAAAUGUAGUUUUCCAUUCAAAUGGGUGGAAAUAAAACAACAUCCUUAAGGAUUUAGAAGCAAAUAGAGAGCAUUCCUCUGAAACUGAGGAAAACUGAAUGUUUUCAGAUUCAGACAUUGUUGGGAAAACAGAAUAACUCCAUUAAAACUGAUUUUAGGGAAGACAAAUAUAAAGUGCCAAAAAUGAAUCUUACAAGAUUUAAAAUGGAAGAAAUGGGAGAAAUCAGACCAACUGGGAGAAAACUCAACCAAUGAUCAGUUCAACUGUGAUCAAAACAACUCCACAGUUUGUUUGAGAAAUUAAAAAAUUAAAAAAUCCAAUUUAUCAACAUCUCAUACCAUCAUGUUCUUAUUUAUCACACAGCAGGUCAGGCAUCAGUUUAAAUAAAAACAUUUCAAGAGGAAAGGCCUGGAGUUGAAAAGCACCAUAAGCUAUUUAUAACAAGUUAUAACUGUUAUAACAAGACAAUAAGACAAACUGCAGUAAAGGACCAGAGUUUUGGUCCAGACUAAUUCCUGGACCUUAAUCCAGUAGAGAACUUGUGUGGCGACAUCCAGUCUGUUUCUGAGGUAGAACCAGGCGAUGCAGUCAUUCAACAGUCUAACCAUCCUGGGCUGGGAGGCCCGUCACAGGAACCAGAAUCUGGGUGAGUCCAUUUAAAGUCACAUGAGAUGCAGUUCUCAGAUAAUUAGUUCAUUGAAUCACAAGAAAGUUAAAAAACUUUACAGUUUAUACAAUAGAAGUUCCAUAUUUGUAAGGAAACUGUUUUUUGUUUCAGUUUGGGUAGAAAAACCAAACUGGAUCAUUUUUUUCUUUCUAUUCUGCUGUGAAACAGGAUGUGCAGCAUUCCUAGAGCCUGUGAGGGUGUGGAAAUAAAUCUGUUCUACGGGUCUUGAGCUUUACUUUUCAGUUUGAACAGAAUUGUGCAUUAAGAAUGUCACCAGUGAAAAUAUCUCAUAACUUUUAUCACUGGAAGUUUCCCCCAUCUAACAACCUAAAAGCCUCUUUAUGCUGUGAACAACUGAUCCCCAGACGAGGCAAAUGUUACCUUAAGCGAUUUGCUGCAAUUGUGUUUUUUUUUUUUGGUUUUUUUUUUCCAGGAGGCAAAAGCAUUGUAAUGUUCUUCAGUGCACAAAAAAAGCUAUGAUGCAUGCAUCAUCAGUAAUGUCCUGUUCCAUCCUUAUUUUAAUAUUUCUACGGUAAGGAAACUGUCAUUUUGAAAUUGUUUCAAAUAAAUGUAUUUUUG